AAAUCCUAAUACAUCGUAUUCACGUGGGUCUCCAUGCCCCGACAAACCCACCUCUUUACCAUUAUUGCCUCUCUCUCUCUCUCUCUCUCUCUCUCAUCUCCCAAAUCUAAUAUAUCUAAAUAACCCAACAAAACAAACAAAAUCCAACUACUCUCGAGUCUCGACCACAACCACCACACAAACCCCACUCUCACCACCCCCGACCGAUCCCCGUCUCCCUCAGAUGGCCACCACAAUCAACGACCUGCCGGACGCUAUUCUCACCAACAUCUUCGCCUUAAUCUCCGACACCCGCACCCGCAACUCUCUCUCCCUGGUAUGCCACAAGUUCCUCCAGCUCGACAAGGCCACUCGCACCUCCCUCACCCUCCGUGGCAACGCGCGCGACCUCUUCAUGAUCCCCCACUGUUUCCGCUCCGUCACGCGCCUCGACCUCUCCCUGCUCUCGCCGUGGGGCCACGCCCUGCUCUCCUCCUCCUCGUCCUCGCUCUUCUACGAUCCCCAGCUUCUAGCCCACCACCUGCGCCGUGCUUUCCCGUCAGUCACCUCCCUCACCGUCUAUUCCAGAUCGCCCUCCGUUCUACAAGCCCUGUCGCCUCAAUGGCCGGGAUUGCGCCACCUCAAGCUCGUGCGCUGGCAUCAACGGCCGCCAAUCCCUCUCGGAUCGGACUUCUCUCCGGUCUUCGAGCAAUGCCCCUCGCUGACAUCACUUGACCUAUCGGAAUUCUACUACUGGACCGAGGAUCUCCCUCCGGUUCUGCAAGCCUAUACGGCCACCGCGGCCUCGCUCACGAAGCUCAACCUCCUGACCAAGUCGUUCACAGAGGGCUUCAAAUCCCACGAGAUCCAACAGGUCGUCGCCGCUUGCCCAAACCUUAGGCACCUCCUCAUAGCCUGUGUGUUCGAUCCCAGGUACAUUGGGUUCGUGGGCGAGGAGGCCUUGCUGUCAAUAGCGAGGAACUGCCCGAAGCUCGCGCUUCUCCACCUGGCGGACACGGCGUCGUUGGCGACCACCCGUGGGGACCCCAACGACGAGGGGUAUAGUUCGGAGGACGCGAAGAUUAGCCGUGCGAAGCUGGUGGAGCUCUUCUCGGGGCUGCCUCUGAUAGAGGAACUGGUGCUCGAUGUUUGUAAGAACGUGAGGGAUAGUGGGUCAGCGUUGGAAGUGCUUGGGUCCAAGUGUGGGAAGCUCAAGGUGCUGAAGCUGGGGCACUUUCACAGCGUGUGCCUGCCGAUUGGGUCGCAGUUGGAUGGGGUCGCCUUGUGCCAAGGGCUGGAGUCACUGUCGAUAAAGAACUCGGCGGACUUGGACGACAUGGGGUUGAUAGCGAUCGCGAGGGGGUGUUGGAAAUUGAAGAAGUUUGAGGUGGUUGGGUGCAAGAGGAUCACUUGGAAGGGAGUGGGGACAUUGGCUUCCUUGCUGAGGAAGACUUUGGUGGAGGUUGGGAUUUCUGCUUGUAUCAAUCUCAAUGCCACGGCAUCUUUGAGAGCGCUGGAGCCGGUUCACGAUCGGAUCCAACGGCUUCAUAUUGAUUGCGUGUGGAAGAGCGUGGAAGAGGGUGGUGAAGGUGGUGAGGCAGGUGUAUGUGAUUUCGAUCACAAUGAAUUGGGUGAGUUCCAGAAUGCAGCUUAUGCGAUGGACUUGUUUGGUGGGAAUGAAUUCGAGUGGUUGAGCAACAAGAAGAAGAGAUGCAAGUACUCAACGGAAGCAGAUUGUUCGUAUAUGGGAAGUAAUGGGAAUGGGUUCUGGUGCAAGAGCUGGGAGCGGCUGAGGUAUCUGUCUCUUUGGAUUGGUGUUGGCGACCUUCUGACCCCUUUGCCAGCGGUGGGUCUUCAGUGCUGUCCUAACUUGGAGGAGAUUCAGAUACGUGUUGAAGGAGAUUGCAGAGAAAGGCCCAAGCCGUCCGAGCGUGCCUUCGGGUUGAGCACACUGGCACGGUACCCUCGGCUGUCGAAGAUGCAGUUGGAUUGUGGUGAUACCAUAGGUUUUGCACUGACCGCGCCGUCAGGGCAAAUGGAUCUGAGCUUAUGGGAGAGGUUUUUCCUGAAUGGAAUUGUGAAUUUGAGUCUGGAUGAGCUCGAUUAUUGGCCACCCCAAGACCGGGAUGUUAAUCAGAGGAGUCUGUCACUUCCGGCAGCUGGGUUGCUUGCAGAAUGCGGUACACUGAGGAAGCUUUUUAUACAUGGCACGGCCCAUGAGCAUUUUAUGAUGUUCCUGCUGAGAAUACCUAAUCUGAGAGAUGUGCAGCUCAGAGAGGAUUACUAUCCGGCGCCGGAGAAUGACAUGAGUACUGAGAUGAGGGUGGACUCUACAAGUCGCUUCGAAGACGCUUUGAAUGGGCGCCCCAUCCUUGACUGAAAUAAGUAAAUGGUCCAUGCUUGUUGAUCGAGCGAAGUACCCAGUUAAGACAAAACCAAAAUGUUUUGGGUGAAGCAUAUAUGUGUUUCAAAUCACGUUUUUGUUGUCUUGAAA